AUGGGAAAUCUAAAAAAGGAAACGAAAUAUGUUUUGUUUUUGUUGCACAGUCUAGGAAUAAUGGUGACGAUAGUGUCAUCGCUACAGUCAUCUUCAAACACAGAAUUCAGGGGUAGACAUACUUAUUUUUCAUCAUCAAAACUGUUGAUUAAUUCCCAAAAGGAUUUAACCGACGUCUGGUUGGAUACAUCAGUGCGCCAAGAAAGCAGAAGCGAGCAGUCACACCUGGAAUUUGACUUGCCAUUGCAUUCGUACUUAUCGUCGUUUCUAACCAGCGAACCACAUCCAGCCUUCUCUAUCCCAGUCCCACCUGUAAAUCAAUCGACCUUAACCCUCGGAUAUCUCGUGGAAGAUCGAGCCAGGCAUUUCACGGGGUCUAGAGACUGGAAGCUGGUCUCCGGCGCCUUGUCUUAUGCCGUGAGCACGAUCAACGAACAGAAGAUCAUUCCCGGAUUUAACCUGACAUACGUGAUGCGGGACACCCGGAUGCAAACCAACGACUCUCUGAUGGCCAUGUCCAACCUCUGGCGCGAUGGCGUGGUCGGGUUCAUCGGCUCGGCGACUUCCUGCCAGAAUGAGGCCAUGCUCGCCGGAGCCUGGAAUUUACCUAUCCUGUCGCACAUCUGUCCAGACGACAAAGUCUCCGACAAAAUCGAGUACCCGACGUUCACCAGGACAUUCCCGCCGGCAGACCGUAUCAUCACUUCCGUUGUGUCUUUGCUGAAACACUUCAGGUGGAACAAGUUCUCUGUCAUCUACGCCAAGCAAGAUAA